AGAGUUGCAGAGACAAUAGCCACAAAAGCCUUUGUGUUGAAAAUGAAAAUGCAAGGGAUAAUCUCCUAUGCAAUCUGUUAUCAAGCCCUUCUGCUCUUGCUUUUCCAAAUUCUAAGUUCCCAAUCUAGAACAAAUGCCACUCCAACUUUUAGCGGAAAUGCAACCGAUCAUCUGGCCUUGAUAGCCUUCAAGUCCAAGAUUUCAAAUGAUCCUCAAGGGAUUUUGAAGUCCUGGAACGAUUCUAUCCACUUUUGCUGGUGGGCAGGCAUCACUUGCAGUCAUAGACGACACAGAGUCACCAUCUUGGACCUAUCAUCCAGAGGCUUGAUGGGUUCUUUAUCUCCUUCCAUAGGGAACUUGAGCUUUCUUCGUGAGAUUAGACUUUCAAAUAACAGCUUUCAUGGGGAUAUUCCACCUGAAAUCGGACGUUUAUUCAGAUUACAGCUGCUAAAUCUGAGUUACAAUUCCUUUGAAGGAAAGCUCCCAUCCAACUUGUCUAGUUGCUCCAACCUCAAUGUCCUCCAGUUUGGUGACAACAAGUUCGCAGGAAAACUUCCAGUGGAGCUUGCUUCCAUGAUUCCAGAUGCCCUAGGUCGAUUGAGAAGCUUAAGAUUUCUUGGACUCGGAGGAAAUAACCUCUCCGGUAAGAUCCCCCCAUCAAUCUAUAAUCUUUCUAUCCUUUCCAUUUUUUCCUUGGCUGACAAUGAACUGGAAGGAGAUGUUCCAUGGGACAUUGGGCUCACCCUUCCUCAUCUAACAUGGUUACAAAUAUGGGGAAACUCUUUUAGGGGGCAAAUUCCAGUAACACUAUCCAAUGCUUCAAAACUAGAAUAUAUUGAAUUGGAGAAAAAUAAUUUCUCUGGUAAAGUAACAGUUCCUUUUGGGCAUCUUCAACAGCUUUCAUUCUUGAAUUUGGGUGAAAAUCAUCUAGGAAGUGGUGAACCUGAUGAAAUGCACUUUUUCAGUUCUUUGGCCAAUUGUAGCAAUCUAGAAAGAUUAGGUCUUGGGGGUAAUAAGUUAUCGGGAAGAUUGCCUGAUUCUAUAGCCAAUCUCUCUACCAAUCUAAUGGGACUUAACCUUGGAGAUAAUAACAUAUUUGGAGAAAUCCCUUCAGGAUUAGAAAAUCUUGUAGGCCUUAAUUGGUUUGCAGUAGGAAACAAUCAGCUUAUUGGAAAAAUUCCAAGAGAAAUAGGCCUGCUUAAACAACUACAGCUUAUAGAUCUUAGCAAGAAUAAAUUCUCAGGAGAAAUUCCAGAUUCUUUCAGAAAUUUAACAUUAUUGUAUGAGCUUGAUCUUGAUUACAACAAGUUAAAUGGUAGUAUCCCAUCAAGCCUUGGGAACUGCCAGAAUUUGAUUUCAUUGACCAUCAAUGAUAAUGACCUCAGCGAUUCCAUACCCAAAGAACUUUUCAGCAUUUCUUCUCUGAGUAGACUAGAUGUAUCUGAGAACAAGCUCUCUGGAAAAAUCCCAAGUAGCCUGAGUGGUUGCACCAGCCUUGAGAUCCUUAAACUGGAGAAAAACGAGUUUCAGGGCAACAUUCCUCCAUCUUUAAGCUCUAUGAGAGGAAUUCGAGCAAUUGAUCUCUCUUGCAACAACUUGACUGGUAAUAUCCCUCAAUACAUGGAAAAACUGGCAUUGGAGUAUUUGAAUCUUUCUUUCAAUAAUUUGGAAGGAGAGGUUUCAACAGAAGGCAUCUUUGCAAAUGCAAGUGUGGUGUUUGUUGGAGGAAACAAGAAACUUUGUGGGGGAAUUGCUCAGCUUGGGUUGCCCAAAUGCAACAGCAAACAAGGAGACAGAGGAAAACUUUCACCAGUGAUGACAAUAACAAUAGUUGUCUCCAUUACAUGUGCAAUUAUAGGAGUAAUUGUUGUGUCUUUCUUCCUGUUUGGCUGGUCUAAAAGGAAAAACAAAGGCCAAUCUUCUGGAUCUUUAAUGAGGGAGCCAUUUAGGCAACUUUCUUAUGAAGCUAUCCUCCAAGCAACUGAUGGGUUUUCUUCAACAAAUUUAAUCGGCAAAGGAAGCUUUGGUUCUGUCUAUAAAGGAGUUCUUCAAGAAGAUGGAACUAAUGUUGCAGUCAAAGUGCUUGAUCUUGAGCAUCGAGGAGCUUUCAAGAGUUUCUUAGCAGAGUGUGAAGCCUUAAGCAACAUUCGUCAUCGGAACCUUGUGAAGAUCGUAACUUCUUGCUCCAGUAUUGAUUUCAAAGGCAAUGAUUUCAAGGCUUUGAUUUAUGAGUUGAUGGCCAAUGGAAGCCUGGAAAACUGGCUGCAUUCAUCUGUUCAGGAAACAAAUAAUGGCCAAUCCAAAGUCCAGAGUCUUAAUCUUUUGCAGAGGAUAAGCAUUGCUAUUGAUGUUGCUUCCGCUCUUGACUACCUUCAUCACCAUUGCUUGAAUCCAAUCGUUCAUUGUGAUUUGAAGCCGAGCAACGUUCUCCUGGACAAUGACAUGACGGCUCAUGUCGGAGAUUUUGGGCUUGCAAGAUAUUUUUCAGAGCUAAGAAUGCCAAAUGCAAGUAGCUCCGUUGGAGUGAGGGGAACAAUUGGGUACACUGCUCCAGAAUAUGGCAUGGGAAGUGAGGUUACAGUGCAGGGGGAUGUAUACAGUUAUGGAAUUCUAGUGUUGGAGAUGAUGACAGGAAAGAGACCAACAGACAGCCUCUUUGAAGGUGGCCUUAACCUUCAUAACUAUGCCAAAACAGCCUUACCUGAUCAGGUUAUGGAGAUUGCAGACCCAAAACUCCUACAUGAAGCUCAAGCAGCUACCAUUAACAGUCAGAUUCGUGUUCAGGCACGGUAUAACAGCCUAAGGGAUUGUUUGAUCUCUAUGAUUAGAAUUGGCGUGGCAUGUUCCGUGGAGUCACCUCAAGACCGUAUGACCACAAGUGCUGUUCUCACUGAGCUGCAUAUGAUAAGGAACAAUCUUCUACGAAGCCAAGCACACUACUAGCAUAUCUCUAGGCUCUGGGUCUGAAUGUUAUUCUAUAUAUUCAGUUAUGAAAUAAGUGAAAUGUUUUUCUUUCUUUCUUUUUAUUUUUUUCUUCGGUUUGUGAGAAGCAAGGAAAGCUGAAAAGUGUGUCGACUCGAAUCAUGUUAUAUAAUGUUUAUAAAUUCUGUUUGCUCAUCUCAGCUUCUACGGUGUUCUGGGGAUCUCCUCCCUUCACCACUUGGGUUUUGCUUGUCUCUCAUGAGCUCCCACCAUGGCUGUUUAUAGC